AUGCCUGAUAGAAAAUUCUUUGUAGGCGGUAACUGGAAAAUGAACGGAGACAAGAAGUCUAUCGACGAAAUCGUUGCUUUCUUGAGUAAAGGACCGAUCUCUGCUAAUGUCGAGGUUGUGGUGGCACCACCCUAUUGUUACCUGCAGUACAGCCGUGAGAAACUACCAUCUAACAUUCAAGUUGCUGCACAGAAUUGCUACAAGGAGAAGGAGGGUGCAUUCACUGGAGAAAUUAGUCCUUACAUGAUCAAGGAUGUAGGAGGAACAUGGGUCAUCACGGGACAUUCAGAGAGAAGACACGUUAUAGGAGAAACUGAUGAGUUCAUUGCUCAGAAAACCAAAUUUGCCCUAGAAGCUGGCCUGGGAGUCAUUCCCUGCGUUGGGGAGAAGCUGGAGGAGCGAGAAGCCAACCAGACCUUGGAUGUCAUCAACAGGCAGAUGAAAGCUUUGGCUGACAAGAUUACAGAUUGGUCUCGUGUAGUCAUUGCUUAUGAACCAGUGUGGGCCAUUGGUACAGGCAAGACUGCAUCUCCAGAGCAGGCUCAAGAAGUCCAUGAGAAGAUCAGGGAGUGGCUGAGGAAAACGGUCUCUGCCGAUGUGGCUGAUCGAACCAGGAUCAUCUAUGGUGGAUCUGUGAAAGGCUCAAAUGCAGCAGAGUUAGCCAAGAAACCAGACAUUGACGGAUUCUUAGUUGGUGGAGCAUCUCUGAAACCCGAAUUUCUGGAAAUAGUCAAUGCACAGGGUUAG